CUCAGGGAAAAAAAAAAAAAAAAAAAAAAGCACAGACAUGAGAGUUGUGGAAUGCAAGCAUUUUCCUUGGUUAGAGUCUAUUUUAAACGAAUAUAGUAAAAAAUAAGAUUGUGGCAUGAGCUGGAGGGAUCUAAAGAAGUUUGGAUUAGAAAUUGGAAAUAAGGAGUUCUACUGAAGAUCAUUGAACAGAAUUACAUGAAGAAAUAUGAGUAGCAGCCAGAUACAGCAUGAUUGGAGAGGAGAUUGAAGUGAGGACGGCCAGUUAGUGUUUAUUAUCUUGGUGAGUGGGAAGGGUAUAUUAAGAGUAAGGAUAUGUAGUUUUAAAUAAGUCAAAUCAAAUAUUGUGGCUCCUCAGUUUGUAGUACAGAGCUAAAAUAAGAAUGAGAAUUUUAUUAUCUUCUGAUAUUCAAAAUAAAUGGAGAUAGAGUUUGCAUAUGACUUACUAGCACUAAUUGAGGUAGGCCUUUCUCUUAAAAAAAAAACUGGCUUGGACUUUUUUUUCUGUUAAGUUUAUUUUGAAAACCAAGAAAGUUAUGUUAUAAUGGUGUUUUCCUAAGUAAAGAAUACUUAAGGUAACUGGUAAGAACUUGUAUGCUGAAUUUUGAGUUAAAAUUCUAUAUUUUAUUCAUGGCUUAAGAGACAUUAUAAUUUGCAUUGGAGCUGGUGGGAAAACAGGAAAUAAUAAAAAUUAACAGUACUACGUAUUUAUAUUUGUUUUUAAGUAGACACUUGUUUUAAAAUAUAGGAACAUUUGGGAAUACUCUGCUUUUAUAGGAAAAUAGUGUUCUUAAGAUGUAGAGUUUUUAAUAAUUCCUAAAUUGAAUGUACAUUAUGUUUUAUAAUGGGUAAAGGUCAUUUUAAAAAUAGAAUUAGAAAAACAGGAAAAAUUAUAAAAGUAAUACAAUUUUUUAAAUCCUCGUUUUUUUUUAAGAGUUAGGAAAUAGAACAGAAGCUUGGGAACUAAUAGUUUUAGAGUUUUAAGAUACCAUGUUUUAGCUUAACAUUUACAUUUUAAACAUUGUCACAGUUAAAUUAAGCUUUUAGGAUUUAGUAUGCAGUAGUUCUCUGCUGGCACUAAGUCUUUCCCCUUCGCUUCUUUCCAACAGGUGUUGCCCAAGCUCUCAUAAGCCAUUCUUUUCUUUCUAUUAUUAUUACUAUUUUGUAGAGACGGGUCGCACUUUGUUGCCCAGGCUGGUCUUGAACUCUUGGGCUCUAGCAGUGCUCCUGGCCUCCCAAGGUGCUGUGAUUACAGUUGUGAGCUACUGAGACCAGCCUUUUUAUUCUGAUGGUCAGUACUGAUGAAGUCCUUUCCAGUUUUGGGCACACAGCCUUCCGUUAUUUCUGCCGUCAGUUUUUUGUCUUUCUACUGUGCUUUUCAACCUUGGUUAUUUAUGAAUCACCUUAAUCUGCACAAUUAUUACUUACCAUUUAACUGCAGCAAGUAAAGACAUUAAUAGUGAGGUUUUUGGGAACGUGGUAAAAUCAGGAGGUAUGUUUCACUUUGACCAAGUUAUCUGAUGAGGCAGAUCAGCUAAAGCAAAAUACAGUGGGUUGCUCCCUACUAUCACUGGGACCUAGAGAUUUCAUCUACGUCUCUGAAAAAUGAGGUUUCUGUAUGAUAGUAUGGGUGAAAAGGAAUGUCAGCAGAACUAUCAGCUGUUUUCUGAUUAUCCUGAUGAACUAGUGGUAUAGGAAGCUUUUCUGAAAAUGCUGCUCUGAGUUGCUUGCUUAAGUAGUCGCUUGUUAAUACCUGUGUAUGGCUCCAUAGUUCUUGAGAAUAGCCCUAUCUCCAUUUGUUUGUAGAUGAGAGAAAGCUGAACCUUCUGCUGUCAGUGGAGAAGGCCUAGAAUUAGUCUAGAACUGGUGCUGUAGGGCCCUGGAAUGCUUCAGGAAUUGGUGUCUGCAGGGACCUCUGAAGGAAUUGUCUAAAAGUCUGUGUAACAAGUAAGCAACACUGAUGGUUCCAGGAAAGGAACUCCUGCCUCAUCCAAGUUUUCUUCUUUGACAUUCAACCUGAGGAUCUCUGUACUUGAGAACAGUAGGCACAGUUCAGGUUAAGGGCAUCAUACUGGAAAACAGGGAGAAUUACAUGAAAAUCUACAUGUUGAUCUGAGAGUUAUUCCCAAUCUCUUUUUCCCUCCCAGUUCGGAGAAUACUGGCUGACAAGUUCUUGCCCCAUCUAGCUGUGAGAUUAAAAGAUUCAUCCUGUGACAGCAAACUGAUGAGAUCAGGAAAAAUGUCUAACUGAUAACAGAUGUGGCCCAGAUGGAUAAUCCUACAGUAUGUCUCCUCAUUAAGACAGAAUCUCUAGGCAACUUUUAAAUGCCUCAACCUUAAAUAUGAGAUUAAGGAUCACCAAAUAUUUGAGGAUAACCUUAAUAUGAAAGAGAAGAGGGAAAUGGAAAUACUUUAAGAAGACAAGUUUUUAUAAAAAGUUACUGAUUUCUUCAGAAGUAGAUACUGCAUCUUUGAAACAAGAAAGGAUGCUAUGAAAAAGCAGUGCCCAGAAAAGAAGAGCUUCUAGAAAUUUAGAAUAUGAAACACUUCAUAGAAUAAUUGGAAAUUCAGAAUAUUAAAUUCUUAUUAGAAGAUUGGAAGAUAAAGUUGAGAAAACGCUCACAGAGGAGGACAAAAAGAGUUGUAAAGUGGGAGAAAAUAAGAAAACUAGAGGAUCACACUUGCAUGCACGUUCAACAUAUGAAAAGUUUGAUUUAAUUUUGGAUGAGAUUGUUCUUGCAGCAAGAUGUUAAUAAGACAAAAUCUAGACUAAAUGUGUUAAAUGGGCUUGCCAACAAUAUGGAUGAUUUGAAGAUAAACACCGAUAUUACUGGUGCUAAAGAAGAACUCCUAGAUGACAACAAUUUUAUCUCAGACAAGGAGAGCGGAGUUCAUAAACCAAAAGAUUGUCAAACAUCAUUUCAGAAAAAUAAUACAUUGACUCUGCCUGAAGAACUGUCAAAGGACAAAUCUGAAAACGCCUUAAGCGGAGGCCAGUCUAGUCUAUUUAUACAUGCUGGUGCUCCUACUGUUUCUAGUGAAAACUUUAUCUUACCUAAAGGAGCUGCUGUUAAUGGACCAGUUUCACACUCCUCCUUAACUAAGACUUCCAAUAUGAAUAAAGGCAGUGUUUCAUUAACCACUGGGCAGCCUGUGGAUCAGCCAACAACAGAAUCUUGUUCAACUUUGAAGGUAGCAGCUGAUCUUCAGCUGUCUACACCACAGAAAGCAAGUCAACACCAAGUUUUAUUUUUGUUAUCAGAUGUAGCACAUGCUAAGAAUCCCACCCAUUCCAAUAAAAAACUACCUACCUCUGCUUCAGUUGGUUGUGACAUUCAGAAUUCAGUAGGGAGUAAUAUAAAGUCAGAUGGCACUUUAAUAAAUCAAGUAGAGGUGGGUGAGGAUGGUGAAGAUUUAUUGGUAAAAGAUGAUUGUGUCAAUACAGUAACAGGAAUUUCCUCAGGUACAGAUGGAUUUAGAUCAGAAAAUGAUACAAACUGGGAUCCCCAAAAAGAGUUCAUUCAGUUUCUUAUGACUAAUGAGGAAACAGUAGACAAAGCUCCACCUCAUUCUAAAGUAGGUCUAGAAAAAAAAAGAAAGCGAAAAAUGGAUGUAAGCAAGAUAACUCGUUAUACUGAGGAUUGCUUUAGUGAUUCUAAUUGUGUACCCAAUAAAUCAAAAAUGCAAGAAGUAGACUUUCUAGAACAAAAUGAAGAGCUACAAGCAGUAGACCCACAGAAAUAUGCUUUAUCAAAAGUGAAGCCUGAAGCGACUGAUGAAGACUUAGAAUCUGUGGAUGCCUUCCAACAUCUAAUUUAUAACCCAGAUAAGUGUGGAGAAGAGAGUUCACCUGUUCAUACUAGCACUUUUCUUUCAAAUACCUUAAAAAAGAAAUGUGAAGAGAGUGAUUCUGAGUCACCUGCUACUUUCAGUACCGAAGAGCCAUCAUUCUACCCCUGUACAAAGUGCAAUGUGAAUUUUAGGGAGAAGAAGCACCUCCACAGGCAUAUGAUGUAUCAUUUAGAUGGGAAUAGUCACUUUCGCCAUCUUAAUGUCCCAAGGCCAUAUGCUUGUAGAGAAUGUGGACGGACAUUUCGAGAUCGCAAUUCACUUCUAAAACAUAUGAUUAUUCACCAGGAGAGAAGACAGAAGUUGAUGGAGGAAAUUCGUGAAUUGAAAGAACUUCAGGAUGAAGGAAGAAGCGCACGAUUACAGUGUCCUCAGUGUGUGUUUGGUACCAAUUGCCCUAAAACAUUUGUGCAACAUGCUAAAACCCAUGAAAAAGAUAAAAGGUACUACUGCUGUGAAGAGUGUAACUUCAUGGCAGUGACAGAAAAUGAAUUAGAAUGCCAUCGAGGCAUUGCACAUGGGGCAGUGGUAAAAUGCCCGUUGGUCACUUCUGAUAUAGCCCAGAGAAAAACACAAAAAAAGACUUUCAUGAAAGACUCCGUAGUAGGAUCGUCCAAAAAAUCAGCUACCUACGUAUGUAAGAUGUGUCCUUUUACUACUUCAGCCAAAAGUGUUUUAAAAAAGCACAUGGAGUACUUGCAUUCAUCAUCAUGUGUUGAUUCAUUUGGUAGUCCUCUUGGACUUGAUAAAAGAAAAAAUGACAUCCUUGAAGAACCUGUAGAUAGUGAUAGCACUAAACCAUUAACUAAACAACAGUCAACCACGUUUCCAAAGAACUCUGCUUUAAAACAAGAUGUGAGGCGAACAUUUGGAUCAACCUCACAAUCAAGUAGUUUUUCAAAAAUCCACAAGCGGCCACACAGAGUACAGAAAGCUCGGAAAAGCAUUGCCCAAUCAGGCGUAAACACUUGCAAUCAAAACAGCUCUCCUCAUAAGAAUGUUACAAUUAAAAGCAGCAUUGACCAAAAACCUAAGUAUUUUCAUCAAACAGCAAAAGAAAAGUCUAAUGCCAAGGCAAAUAGCAACUAUUUGUAUAGACACAAAUAUGAAAACUAUAGGAUGAUAAAAAAAUCAGGUGAAUCAUAUCCUGUGCAUUUCAAAAAAGAAGAAGCUAGUUCAUUAAAUUCUUUACACCUGUUUUCAUCAUCAAGUAAUUCUCACAACAGUUUUAUUUCAGACCCUCAUAAGCCUGACACCAAAAGACCUGAAAGCUUCAAAGAUCACAGACGUGUAGCUGUAAAGAGAGUAGUUAAGGAAUCUAAGAAGGAAAGUUCUGUUGGAGGGGAAGACUUGGAUAGCUAUCCAGAUUUUUUGCAUAAAAUGACUGUUGUCGUUUUGCAAAAACUUAAUUCUGCUGAAAAGAAAGAUAGUUAUGAAACAGAAGAUGAAAGUUCCUGGGAUAAUGUUGAGUUAGGAGACUACACUACACAGGCCAUAGAAGAUGAAACCUAUAGUGAUAUUAAUCAAGAACAUGUAAAUUUAUUCCCUUUAUUUAAGAGCAAAGUGGAAGGUCAGGAGCCUGGAGAAAAUGCUACUCUUAGUUAUGACCAAAAUGAUGGCUUUUAUUUUGAAUACUAUGAAGAUGCUGGAAGUAACAACUUUUUGCAUGAGAUACAUGAUCCUCAGCAUUUAGAAACUGCAGAUGCUUCAUUGUCAAAGCAUAGUUCUGUUUUUCAUUGGACUGAUUUGUCUCUUGAGAAGAAAUCGUGUCCUUACUGCCCAGCAACAUUUGAAACAGGUGUUGGGUUAUCAAAUCAUGUCCGGGGGCAUCUUCACAGAGCAGGAUUAAGCUAUGAAGCCCGUCAUGUUGUAUCACCAGAACAAAUAGCCACAAGUGACAAAAUGCAGCAUUUCAAAAGAACUGGCACAGGAACACCUGUUAAACGAGUUAGAAAAGCUAUAGAGAAGUCUGAAACCACUUCUGAACACACUUGUCAGCUCUGUGGUGGUUGGUUUGAUACUAAAAUUGGAUUAUCAAAUCAUGUUAGAGGCCACUUGAAAAGACUUGGAAAGACCAAAUGGGAUGCUCACAAAUCUCCAAUCUGUGUUCUGAAUGAGAUGAUGCAAAAUGAAGAAAAAUAUGAAAAAAUCUUAAAGGCUUUGAACAGUCGUCGUAUUAUUCCCAGACCAUUUGUAGCUCAAAAACUUGCAUCAAAUGAUGACUUUAUAUCUCAAAAUGUUAUACCUCUUGAAGCAUACCGUAAUGGCCUAAAGACUGAAGCUCUGUCAGUGUCUGCAUCAGAAGAAGAAGGGCUGAAUUUCUUAAAUGAAUAUGAUGAAACAAAACCAGAACUGCCCAGUGGAAAAAAGAAUCAAUCUCUUACACUCAUAGAACUUCUUAAAAAUAAAAGGAUGGGAGAAGAAAGGAAUUCUGCUAUUUCUCCGCAAAAGAUCCAUAAUCAGACAGCAAGAAAGAGAUUCGUUCAGAAAUGUGUUCUUCCAUUAAAUGAGGAUAGUCCGUUGAUGUAUCAGCCACAAAAAAUGGACUUGACUAUGCACUCAGGUAUGCCUGUGAAGCUUAGAACAUGUGUGCAUUGCAAUACGACGUUUACAAGUGCUGUUAGCCUGUCCAACCACUUACGCGCUUAUGCACGAAAGAAGAGUGCUGGACUUUUGACUGGUACAGCCUUAGAUUGUAAGCAAAAGAAAUCAAGGUCAAGAUCUGGAAGCAAGAAGAAAAUGCUAACAUUACCUCAUGGUGCUGACGAGGUUUACAUUCUCCGAUGCAGGUUUUGUGGCCUAGUCUUUCGAGGACCCUUGUCUGUUCAGGAAGACUGGAUUAAGCACUUACAACGACAUAUUGUAAACGCUAAUCUUCCACGGACUGGAGCUGGCAUGGUGGAAGUCACGUCACUACUUAAAAAGCCUGCCUCCAUUACAGAAACUUCAUUUUCUCUACUAAUGGCCGAAGCAGCUUCAUAGAACCAGGAAACCUUUUGAAUAGCCAAUUUGAAUUGGAUGUAAAUUUGAAAUUCUUUUUUUUUUAAAGCCACAUUAAAUUAUCUGUUUAUAAAUACUAAAGCAGGAAAAUGGGGGAAAGUGAAUUACAAUGACAUCAGAGCAAAUUGAAUACUUAAAACAGUAAGUAGUCUAUAUAUUUUAUAUAGGGUGGAAGAUGUGUUUUUAAGGUUUAUGAAGUUUUAUUGGUUAACUGUGUUCACUCAAUAAAAAAGCAGUACAUGUAAGCAGCCAUUAAUAAACUGUUGCACAUGGAUACUUAUAGACAGACUUAUUGGACAAUUAUGUUUUUUGCAGUGUUACCAGAAUCAAGGCUCUGUUUAUUCCCCACAAGACUUGCAUAGAAAAAUAAGAUAUUAUAUUUUGUUUGUAUGUAUUUAGUGUUUUGUAUAAUACCAAGAAUCGCUGACUAAAUUUACUUAAAUUAGGGCAUUAAAUAUCAUGUACUUCAUAGUUUGAGACUGUUCACUCAAAUAGGGCAGAGUACUAUUCUAUCUAGAUGUGUAAGUGUUUUUUUUAAAAUCACAUGGAACGGUUUUUUUUAUACUAAAAAGUGGAGGGAGAUUUGUUUAAACAAGUAUUUCUAAAAGAAAUAUGUACAUAGUUCUGGAAAUUAUUUGUGGUAAGGAAAUAUUCUUUACUCCAGUUGCAUUUCUCAGACAAUAAAGUGGUGCAUCCAUGCUACCUCCUACUUUGUCAACAAAGAUGCUAUUUACCCUUUACAUUUUUGUAUCAUAAUAGAUUUUAAAAAUCUAAUGUUCUUUAUUGCAAGACAUUCUUUUGUUAACAGGUUUGUUUCUUUUUAAUGGUUUACCUAAAAUUUGACAUGCUUACAGGACAGGUUUGCCUCUUACUUUAUUUAACAUUGUAGAAAUGUAAUUAAUAAACAAUGCUCACUACACAGUUUAGAAUAGACGUUCUCAUUUAUAUUAUCUUCCAAAUUUGAUCAGUUAGCAAAACUUAAUACACCAAUUAAAAUAUUUCUACAUAUGAUGAGAAUGUUUACAAUUUAAAUUUUAGAACUUGUUUUGGAUGUGAUUAUAUGUACGAAAAUCGUGUAACACUAUGCUCAUGCUAAGAACCGACAUAACAGAAUUACUGAAAUAAAUGUGCUGUGAGGAAUGGAAAAUAUGGUGCAGGUGUCUUGGUCAUGAUAAAUUGUGAUUCUUUUUAAAAUUUUUUUCCAAAAACAAAUUAGUUCUUUUAAUCUGAAAUCAGAUUCCUUUAUAAACAACAAGUUUUUGUAUGCAAGCACCAUUUUAUUUCAUGUAGUAUGGCUGAUACUAUAGUUGAACCAAGGAUAUGCAUUGAUUCUUUGCUUCGUAUGUAAAUAAAGUUAAAAACAGUUAAAAUAAGGAGUAUUUUGGUAGAGUAUAUACAUACCUCACUGCCAGUGAAAUUGCUUUCCUAUGGUAUAUCUCCUUACCAGAAAAAUCUCUAAAUAAAAAAAGGUUUAAAGAAAAUUAAAAUGUGAAACAUUUCUUAUUUUUAUCAUUGGUGGAAAUAGUUCACUUCAGGUUGUGUUUCAUUGGAUUUAAACUGUUUAUACUUACCAGGUUACUUGGUUCACAGAGUAUAGUUUUUCUGGAAUCACCUCAUUGGUCGAUAAAAUGUAUGUGAGAAAGAUCAUUUUUCCCCCUUUCAUGAUUAAUCAAACCUCUAAAUUUAGAACCAUCUUAUAUGCAAAAUUAGAAGGUUGGACUAGAUGGAUCAUUCCCAAACAAGGAUCUCCUGAUCCUUAGGUUAAUAGAUAAGGGAAAAGUACUUGUAAGUUAUUUUCAGUUUUACAAAAGACCCGAUAAAAACUAUGUAUUUGUCUAUAGUGACAAAACUAAAACAUCACAUUUCUUUACUUUCGACUGAAAAUAUAUCAGGUCUGUAUAUAUUGGUUAUCUCUUACUGAACAAGUUUCAUUGAUAGUUAUAUAAGGUCUCUGAACAUAUAUUUUUAAAUUGGAAGAUAUACUACAUAGCAAGUGGAAUCCAGAAGUAAAAAAAAAAAAAAAAAAA